CUCGCUCCGUCCGGUCGGCCGAGCUGUCGUUAUCGGAGCAGCAUUGUACACAGCACUACAUACUUACGUACAGUUUCAGUUUCGAUUCCGACAGUGUCUCUCGUGAAUUUAACAUCUUAACCUCGUGCGUUGCGCACCACAUUUACUCGCUGCAUUAUUGCUUUGCCGUCGUCGUCGCUUCGUUGCGUCGCGCUGACAUCGUCGUCCCCGUCCGACCGGUAUAAAAAAAGAACACGGACGCGCCCGCGCGCGCGCUGUUUUUCGGUCCGAGCUAAACGAGCGCACGACAGUGCGAGGAAACGCUAGUCGCGCGCUAAUACAGUCAACGUUAUCGCGUCGUUGGUUUCGUCGUGAUAGUCAUCUGUUCGACGAGCUCGCGAUCGGGCGAUUUGCCUCCUGUUAUUACGUUUCUUCGUUCUUAACGUGAGAUGAGCGACAAUAACAGGCCCAGCAACAGCGAGAACAGAGGACGAAAUGGCCACGUGCUGGUAUGGGAACAACCCGGAAUCGACGAAGAGGAGCGACCUGAACGAAAAAAAAAAGCGUUUAUGGGGAAACGUCACAUAGUGACUUUCAUGAUAUUCCUCGGUAUGGCGAAUGCUUAUAUAAUGAGAACCAAUAUGUCCGUGGCUAUCGUGGCGAUGGUUAAUCACACGGCUGUGGGAAAUACUGAAAAGCAGAAGGAAGCUGUGAACGAAUGCGGAAACCUUUCCAACGAAACCGAAAGUGAUUUCAAACACGCAGACGGACCGUUUCCGUGGACGAGCACGGAACAAAGUUAUCUCCUAAGUUCGUUCUUUUGGGGAUACGUUAUCACCCAGAUACCGUUUGGCAUUCUUGCCAAGCGCUACGGCGCCAAAUACUUCCUCGGAAUUGGCAUGUUGAUUAAUUCAGUUUUCGGAUUACUUGUUCCGUUAGCCGCAUAUCAAGGCUACUGGUGGCUGGUAAUUGUGCGUUUUAUACAGGGCUUAGGAGAGGGUCCUAUUGUGCCUUGCACGCACGCACUGCUGGCGAAAUGGAUACCGCCUACCGAACGGAGCAGGAUGGGUGCCUUCGUCUAUGCCGGAGCACAAUUCGGCACAGUAAUUUCCAUGCCGUUGAGCGGUCUGUUAGCCGAUUGGGAGGCAGGCGGUUGGCCGUCUAUUUUCUAUGUAUUUGGUAUUCUUGGUACUGUCUGGUGCAUAGGAUUCCUCAUAUGGAUCCAUGAAGAUCCCGAACAAGAUCCAAGAAUUGCAGAGGACGAAAAGAAGUAUAUACUUAGCGCUCUUUGGGGUAGCGCUAAUACAUCCGCGUCACCUCCCGUACCGUGGAAGUCCAUUGCAGUUUCGCUACCGUUCUGGGCCAUUCUUAUGGCACACAUGGGCCACAAUUAUGGAUAUGAGACUCUGAUGACUCAACUUCCAACAUUUAUGAAACAAAUUCUUCACUUCGACAUUAAACAGAAUGGUUUCUUUUCGGCACUUCCAUAUUUGGCCAUGUGGAUCUUUUCUAUGAUCAUCUCUCACAUCACUGACUGGAUGAUUACUUCAGGAAGAUUCAAUCACACAGUAACACGCAAGAUCAUCAACAGCAUCGGUGAAUACGCACCAGCGAUAGCGCUAAUUGGUGCUUCAUAUACCGGUUGCGAUCGUUGGUUGACAAUCGCCAUUAUCACAGUGGGAGUUGGUCUGAAUGGUGCUAUUUAUUCGGGCUUCAAAAUAAAUCACCUCGAUAUUUCUCCGAGAUUUGCUGGGAUCUUAAUGUCCUUUACAAAUUGCAUUGCUAAUCUUGCCGGUCUUCUCGCGCCCAUCACCGUUGGAUACGUUGUCGAUAAACCAACGCAAGCAAAAUGGAGAACCGUUUUCAUGAUUUGCGCCGGUAUUUACAUCUUGUGCGCAACAUUCUAUGCAUUCUUCGGUUCUGGUCAGAGACAAGCGUGGGACAAUCCAGAUAAGGAUGAAGAGAAAAACGAGAAGAAUCAGUUGAACAAUAUAAGAGUCGUGAACGAGACUCAACACUGACACGUGUGACUUCCGUAUACGAUCAGCGAUGGCAAGAACAUUGUUACAGCGUGGCGAUUGAGUCCAUUUGGUCAUUUCUUUGUCUACAUAAAUUCUCAUUCCCUGUUAAUUAUUUAAUCAUUCAUAAUGACAGAAAAAUACAUCCACUGUAGUAUAAGUUAAUCAUACAUAUGCAUAUAUAUACAUAUAUGUGUGUGUGGGUGCGUGUGUGUGUGUGAGAGAGAGAGAGAGAGAGGAGAGGGUGAGCGUGUGUAUAUAACUUUUUCUUUUUUUUUUUACUGUGAACAAUAUUUUCAAAAUAGUAAUUGUCGCAAUCUACAUUGGAAAUUUUGUUUUCGAUUGCAAAAGUUACUUACAAAAGUGUGGCGUACGUUUCGUAUAAAAAAUAAAUAAAUCAAGGCUAAAUAAAUUAAGGAUCUACAAAGAAACAAAAAGAAACCAGCGAGUAGAAGAAAAAAAACAGAUGACCAUUUUUGUAUCAAUUGUAAGACUCUUUCAUACUCGCUAAAUUAUAUUGAAUAAUGACGUCAGAAGCGAGAAAACAAACAGUUCCAUUUUGCGCCCAACUCACGUUACAGCAAGAGAGUAUUUUCAUAUAAACUCAUUUUUAUAAUCAACUAUUAAAACGCACAGUUGUAAAAUAUAAUCCAACAGUCUUCUGAUGUAUAUUCAUAGCGGAGUUAUUAUUUAAGCUUUGAUUUAUCAUUUUGUUAUAGUUUUAAUUUAUCAAUUUUUUACAUACUAUAUAUAAUAUCAGGAAUUAUAUUACUAUUAAAAUUAAAACAAAUUACACUUUAAAGCCGGUAUUCAUGAUCGAAUCUUGUAUUUAAGAUCGUUUUAAGUUUAUUUUCAAAUCUUAUGUCAGUCUCAUGCUCUGUAGCCAUUAAAACGGCCCGUACAGCAUCUUAUCGUGGAUUUAAAACGAUCAUUAAAUAUAAAGUCAAACUAUGAAUGCCUAAGCACUGACACAUUAGAGAAGUAUGAUGAGUGAAAUAAUUCUCGAAAGAAAAAAGAGCAACAAUCAUUGUUUGCAGUUUACACGGAUUUUCACAAACUUGCCGGAAUUAUUGUCAUGACAAGCGAAUUUUGACGCGGAUACGAUCUCAAGAAGAUAAAAAAUUGACGUUUACAACAGUUUUUCGAAUAUGUUGUUGUUGUUGUUGUUUUGUUCUUUGAAAAACAAUUAUAUAUUUAUAUGUAAUUAUAUUCGAGAAAAAACUUCAAAUUACGUUGGAUAGUUGGUGAGAACAAAAUAAACAUCGAAUUAAGUUUUCUUAAGCUUAAUGUCAAAUUUUUUUAUACGUAUAAAAUAUUAUUCACAUGCAAUUUUUGGAUUUGAUGAAGUUUCGAUAUUGCAGACGACUCUAGUAUCUUCUUAAAGCCGGGGACUCGAAAAAAAAACGUAAGCAGUAAAAUCUGAUAUUUGAUGCUUUCGCAGUGUGUUGUAUUAACAUUCGAAGAUGUUUUACGGGUUUGAACUGCGUUAGUGUCAUUUUUAUACCGUCAUUUCGUGAACAUUUCAGCUCACUGAUAUUCAGUAUUAAGCUGUUCUUGAAACCCUGAUGAAGUGAGCUGAAAUGACGUCACAAAACGUCGGUAUAAAAAUGACACUAACGCGAUUCAAACCCGUAAACCAUCUUCGAAUGUGUUAAGCAGUAAAAGACUUUGAAAAGAUCGUUCAGGUAUUCUUUACAUUGCUCGUCUGUGAUUAGCUAAUUUGCUUGCUGCUUAAAUAUUUUUGCGCGUCCUCGACUUUAGAUAGAACAUAAGCACAGUCAAUUACGGUAGAUUAAAUAGAUUUACCACGAUGCAAAGGACAAAUCUAUUGUAUAUUGUCUUCCGAGUUCCGAUGUAGCGUUUAUUUUCCAGUUAAAUUUCAUUGUUUUUUUUUUUUUUUAAACGAAACCUUUGGCAGUAUUAAAGCAACGAUAUUUAUCGUUCGUCUCUCUUUGUUACGUCAUUUUUUUGCCAACUACUGCCAUUAUAUUUUUGAGUAAGUAGUCUGAAAAGUAUCUAAUAUUUUCAGUAUAGAUGUGAGAAACUGCAUCAGAAAAAUAUAAAUCAGGCUUCCCGCGAACAGCAUUAUAGGUAAUACAAUAUAACAAUGGUGUUUAUACAUAUAUAUAUAUAUAUAUAUAUAUAUGUGUGUGUGUGUGUAUAUAUAUAUAUAUAUUGUAGAUGUUUGCGCAUAGAAUCUUAUUAAGUUAUAGAUAGUAGAUAAAUUACAUUGCGUAGUUAUUUAUACAACGUUCACGCGAAGAACGAGAAAAGAGAUCAUUACCUCGAUUGUACUAAAAUAGAAUUGGAAACAGAAAGGUUUCACACACGUGCGUACGUAAUGUAGUAGAAUGCAUUUUUUUGUAAUUGAUAUCCUUUUGUUUCAUAAGCGGCACGACCUAAAGAACAAUUCCACUUUCAAUUGUAAUUUUUCUCUUUCGAAUAUUUGCCAGACUAUAGAUUUGUUGCAAUCAAUUAAAUAGUGGUCGUUGAUAUCUUCGACGAAAUACGUAAACAAAACUAACAAAUUUGCGCUUUUUAAACACAUAUGUCGAAUAACUUUCUAAGAGUAAUAUGUUUAUUAAUCUUUCUUUCAUUUGUUACGGUUUCGGGUUUUUCUUCAUGAAGAAUUACAUGUUUAAAAGAUAUACGCAAUGCGAACACUUUUAACUUGUUGAAAAUGUUAAUAUUCUAUUAAGUUUUUAAAUAAGAAAUAAAAAAGACGGCGCGUUUACACGUUCGAGAUCUAUUUUGCUCGUGAAGACAAACGUGAAACAAUUAAAUUGUCCAAAAUCGUGUCUAACACUAUUUAAAAUUGUGUACCAACAAUUUCAGCAAACAUCAAGUAACAGUAACAUUGUCGUAAUGUAAAACAUUGUCCAUCCUAAUGUUACUUGGUAUAAUGUUGCUGGGAUUAUAUAUAUAUAUAUAUAUUUUACUAUGUAUAAUUUUUAAACAAUGUAGAUAGCACAUAUACUUGUCCACGAUAGUUUGUUCAUCUUGCAAACAAUUAUCUUAUACUUUGUACAGAUCAUACAGAAUAAGCAUAUAAAUAUAAAUAUGUAUUGCAAAUAGAGAAAAUCAAAAUCAAGGAAAUUUAAAAUUACGACUUGUUUAAAAAUAUACUGGUUUUUAUCGAGCGUUCUGUUCUUUUCGAAAAGUAUACCCUACGAAAGCAUAGCAUCGGUAAAAUAAAUUGUCACGUUGUCCAAAAUAUUUGACGCUAUUACAUAUUCAAAACUUUAUGUAAACUUCAGUCCUGCUUAGAUUUCAAAAUAUUAUUUUACCGAUCGUUGACAUGAUAACGCGUAUAAUAAAAAAUACGAAUGAACUAAUAUCAAAAUAAUUUCGGCGCAAAACGAUGUGAGGAAGCAAAAUUAUCUAAUAGUAAAUAAUAAAACACUAAUUGAAAUUUUGCAAACUCAGUUUUUUGUACACACAUAUUUAUUCACACGAUAGAUUUCAUCGCUGUGAUUACCGUAUCGUUUUUUUUUAUUUUCGUAUAAAUAAAAUCUUUGUGUGAAGUGAAGCUUUAAA